UCGGCUCGACUCGUUAUUUGUACUUUUAUACCAUAAGUGAUCUUGCGUUUUCUUCGUCCACCUGUUAAGUAGACCAUUCCUUGCGUUAUUUAUUAAUUUAUUCAUAGUAUUCAUACGAAGACUACGCGGAAACGCAAGCGGCUUUGACCUCGUGCAGCUGUGUGUUUUUGUUUUCCCCCUUCGGUUUACAAGUGUUAAGAGACAAUCGAGUUGUGCUGACGGUUUGUUUUUGUGAAAAGGAAUCGAAUAAUAAAUAAGGAAUGGCAGACUCGUCAUUUGAAAAGGGAAUAACCGAACUCGCCAAGAUGAAGGUAGCAGAUUUAAAGGCUGAAUUGAAGCAGAGAGGUCUACCUACUACAGGCAACAAAAUUGAGUUAGUUGAGCGUUUACAACUGGCUAUUCACGAUACAUCAUUAUCAUUGGAUGAAGCUGCAGAUGAAAUUAUUGAUGAAGAUGCAGUACUUGAGGAUGAAGAAUUAGAGACUGAGGAACUGAACGCUAAACCUGACUCACUUUCUGCGGAAGUUGUAGCUUUAAAACGAAAGGCAGCUGAUGAUGACAAUAAGACUCCUGCCAAAAAAAUUGUUCUCAAUAGAACUAAUAAGAUUGAAGACGUUAAGGUUGAUAAUGGUCAAAGCAAAGAGGAAGAAGAAAAGAUUGACAAGCCAUCCGAGGAGGCUGAAAAAAAAGUUAUUAAAUUAUCAAAUUCUAACAAUGAGACAAAAGCGAACAAUGACGCCAAGGACGAGAAAAAAGACUCUGAUAAAAAAGUUAUUAAACUGUCUGAGCUAUCUAGUGCUGAGAGAUUGGAAAUGAGAGCCAAGAAAUUUGGUGUUCCUCUGUCAGAUACUUCAAAGAAGGAAGCUCGUGCUGCACGUUUCAAUACAGGUACCAAAAAUAGUAACAACACUGGUAAAUCUGCAGCUUCAAUUAAAAAUACUCCAGUGCCAGCAAGUUACGAGUUGCUUAAAAAAAGAGCAGAAAGAUUUGGUACGAAUGUGUCCAGCCUUUUGGAUAAAGCAGAGAUGGAAGCCAAAAAAGAGCAACGUAAAGCUAGAUUUGGAGAUACUAAGCCGAUGGAGAAAGAAUCCUCUACGAAAGUCAAACUUGUCAAAUGAUAUGCCGUGAUAUGCUAAAUCAGUAAUUAUAGACUAAAGCAUAUUUUUUAAGUUGUUCAUUUUUUUCCAAUAAAUUGAUGUCAAAAUGUGUAAAUAUUUAACAUUUUUUA